CUCUUCAAGUUAUUUGAGGAACUGAUUGCAAACAAAACUAGACUAAGUGAGGUACUGCAAACUGAGAAGCAGAUUUACAGCUGCUUAAUUAAAUGUCACACAGAUUGUGACAGUGUUAGUUUCAGCUCGAAAAUUCUCAAUGAGCUUCUGACUAUACAGGCACUGAGGAGUCAGCUUGAAGAAACCUUGAUGAAAACAAUUGAACAACUAGUUGCCCUGCAGUCGGAAAACAUAUUUGUAUCUGGUUUUGGAGGUGGGGACACAGAGUUUUUGAACUUUCCUAUGAAGCAUGACAACUAA